ACAUGAUAACCUAGAGACGUGGCGUGCCGACUCAUCUCGCUUGUUACCUACACUCGGUCUCUGUCAUGCAUCAUGUCGGAAGGUACGUUGUCACGCUAUAGCUCGUACGGCUCCAGCUCGGGCUUCGCGCCAUCUCUCUCAACGACGAGCGUCACCGGCCAAUCGCAGCCCGUUCUGGUUGUUACGGACCCAACAGGCAAAGCAACAGGCGGAAACGCUCGCAACAACACCCUCCCUCCUUUGCCAUCGUCUCGUUAUUGUCAUUCGCGCUGGUAUGAUCUGCGCGAGAACGACGUGAAGGGAGAUAUGCUGCGCGCUCCGCGCAUCCGGGAGGGUCCUGUCAAGGGAGAUCGGCAGUAUCGGAAGCCGCCGGAAGACGUGAAUGUAGUCGAAGACCCGGAUAACCGGCGUCUCAAGCGACGCAACUUCAGAAACGAGAUGGAAAACUGGGAGAACACAACGUGUGCCAAUCUCUCGUUUCAAGACUUGGGAGAUGAUUUCCAGCAUGGACACUUCCUGAAGACGUUACGAAGGCUCAUUCGUUGCGAACGACUGCAGCUCCUCGACAACUCACUCACAGACCUCAGUUCCGUAUCACUUCCUCAGUGUACUCAUUUGUAUCUACAAGGUAAUUCACUGCACUCAUUCAAACAGUUACCACGGACACCGGCGUUGAAGCAUCUAACGUUGUCAAACAACGGGAUAGAAACGCUCAGCGGUAUCUCCGUCCUACGGAAGACGCCCAUCGAGUCGCUCGUCUUGUCGGGAAACCAUUGCACGUUUCAAGAAAACUACAGACGAAAAAUCUUCAAGGAAUUGCCAUCGUUGAAGAGACUCGACGGAACACCGAAACUGCCUAAGGAUACGUCAGAAGACGAUGAAACAAAGUCAGCAACUUGUGUAAUAUCAUGAUCUAUGUGCAUCAUUAGCCACAGUGUUACCGAAUACAUAAUGUUAUUAUUACAACGCUUGUUUUCUCUAUGGUAUAUUCAAGACUGUUUAUAUGUAAAGAAAUGAGUUCCCGUUUUUUAGACGUAAACGGUUUUUGUAGCAAUAGAUAUCAGUACGACUCGGUCGGUUUGAAUACGAACAAA